GUUAUCAUUCAUUAGCAUUGCAUACUCAUCACCUUCUCUCUCUAUAUAUACACCAAUAUAUAUCGACACACCAUUCUCCUCUUAGUUUCCCUCCCUCUCUCUCAAGAACGGAACGAUCUCAAGACCCGAGCCUCCCGAUCGAAGAAGAAGAUGGACAUGGAGUCUUGCGUCCCUCCCGGCUUCCGAUUCCACCCCACCGAGGAAGAACUCCUUGGCUACUACCUCAAGAGGAAGAUCGACGACCUCAAAAUCGACCUUGAUGUUAUCAUCGAGGUCGAUCUCUAUAAUAUUGAGCCAUGGGACAUUCAUGAUAGGUGCAAAUUUGGAUAUGAGGAGCAAAAUGAGUGGUACUUCUUCAGCCAUAAGGAUAGGAAGUAUCCGACCGGGACACGGACCAAUAGGGCGACGACAGCUGGAUUCUGGAAGGCGACCGGAAGGGAUAAGGCGGUGCUGUCCAAGGACAAGAUCAUUGGCAUGAGGAAGACGCUUGUGUUCUACAAAGGGCGCGCGCCAAAUGGCCGGAAAACGGAUUGGAUCAUGCACGAGUAUCGCCUUCAAACCUCCGAGCACGGACCGCCUCAGGAAGAAGGGUGGGUCGUCUGUCGCGCGUUCAAGAAGCCAAACCCGAGCCACAAGCAAGGCUACGACGCUUGGAGCUACAUGAGGUCAAACAUGAGCAACGCCAGCAGCAUCAACAACAACAACAACUAUUGCUACAGACCUCCAUCAUAUCCCAACAUGCCUAAUUUCGACCAGAACCUAAACCUCCACCACCAGCCCACUUUCAUGGCCAAAUCUCUCGGCCAGAUUGUGGAGAUACCGAAGCUCGACAGCCCCUCCAUGUCCACGAGCUUCGCCAACGAGGAGGCUCACGAAGACAUCAAGAGCGGCUUUGGAAGCCAUUUUAGCAGCUUCGAUUAUAAGCAUCAAAUGAUGGGAACGACGUCGUUUGACUACGCGAACAUGGCGCCGUUGGUCCCACAUGGUGAUGAGCUGGAUGAUCAAAGCCAUUUGAGCCAUGUACUUGAAUGCUUUCCUGACUUAUAGAUGGUUGCAAUUUUAUUUAGGUUUUUAUUUAGAGGGAAAGGGAGGAAGUUGUAAAAAAUAACAAGACUUUCGUUGGUAAAUUUGAUCAAAGGUAGCUCUGCCUUUGAUCUUGCGACGUAGGCUGAUUAUUGUUGAUUUUGAUGAUUCUUGACUGCUUUUUUUGUUUGUAAGCAAUUGUGAAUUUUAUUAUAAUAUGAAUAUUAUAUGUGUUGUUA